AUGGGAAAAGGUACCUCUCCUCCUCGCCCUCCAACCACUCCCUAUCUUGAUCUCUAGCUGACGGCAAAGAAAACUCCCACAGGAACCGACAAACUCUACAUAACCCACAGUGAAUGGAGCGGUCCGGACACCUUUGGUGCAUCCACCGGCUACACCGCUAAAGCCGCAAAUCUCCCCUUCAAGCGGCUCCCCUACAACUUCUGCGCCGUCUCGCUCCAACCCUUCACGCACCCCGUGUGCACCCCCGACGGCACCAUCUUCGACCUGACCAACAUAAUCCCGUGGCUGAAGAAGCACGGCACGAACCCGGUCACAGGUGCGCCACUCUCGCACAAGGACCUGUUGAAGCUGCACGUGGCCAAGAAUGAGGACGGGGAGUACUGUGACCCCGUAACCUUCAAGGUGUUCACGGACAAUACGCACAUCGUCGCCAUCCGGACGAGCGGGAACGUGUUUUCGUGGGAUACGAUUGAGAGAUUGAACGUUAAGCCGAAGCAUUGGCGGGAUUUGGUUGGCGAUGAGGAGUUCACGCGGAAGGAUGUCAUCACCCUGCAGGACCCGCAGAAUCUGGAGUCGAGGGAUAUGAGUGGGUUCAAGUACUUGAAGGACGGGACGUCAACGUUGACGGAGGAGCAGGCGGCCGAGCGCGCGGAUCCGCUCAGCGGAAUAAACGUCUCGGCGAUGGGCUCGGGUGCGAAGAUCCUCGCGGCAAAAGCCGCCGUGGCGAAGGCUCGCGCAGCCAAGUCCUCUGAUCCGAACCACAACCCAUCCCGUCCCGGUGGGAGAGCCCCCGGGGCACUAUCCCACGAUGGGCCAUCAUCGUCGUCCGCCGGUGGGAGCAACAGCGCCGCGAAGAGCGUGCCAUACAACGCUGCAAGACAUACCACUGGGAGGGCUGCCGCUUCCUUAACUUCCACCUCCCUAACCCCGCAUACAGGCGCUGAACGCGCACUGCUUUCGGACGAGGAGUACAUGCUCAAGCCGAAACGCAUCAAGAUCAAAGGCUACGCGCGUAUCUCCACGAACCUGGGCAACCUAAACAUAGAACUCCACACAGACUACGCCCCCAAAGCAGUCUACAACUUUGUCAAACUGGCGCAGAAGGGAUACUAUAAGGGCGUGUGCUUUCACCGCAACAUCCGAAACUUCAUGGUACUCCCUUUCCCCAGAAGCCAGCACGCACCACUGCUAACAACCAACCAGAUCCAAGGCGGCGACCCGACAGCAACCGGCCGCGGCGGGACCAGCCAUUGGGGUAAGCCCUUCGACGAUGAAUUCGAAUCCCCGCUCCUGCACGACGCCCGCGGAAUCCUGUCCAUGGCGAACAAAGGCAAGAACACCAACAGCUCGCAAUUUUUCAUCACGUACCGCGCCGCUAAACAUCUCGACCGCAAACACACCAUUUUCGGAAAGGUGGUUGGCGGACUGGACGUGCUGGAUAAGAUGGAGGUAGCACCCGUGGGCGAUGGGGACGCUCCCAUUAGAGAUAUCGUGAUGAAGGAAGUGGUCGUGUUUGUGGACCCGUUCGAUGAGUACUUGAAGAAGCGGGCGAGUGAGGAGGAGAAGGGGAGGAAUGAGGAGGAGAGGAGGAGGUCGGGGCAAAAUGAAGAGGAUCUGACGACCUGGACAGGGAAGAGGUUGAGGGAUAUUGGGAGAGGGAGUGGAGGAGGCGCCGGGGAGGUGGGUAAGUAUCUGAAGGCUGAGGCUAAGGUGGUGAUGGGAGAGGGUGAAGGCGCCGGGGAGGUAGUGGAGGAGGAAUACGCCUACGAGGAGCCCGUGAAAAAGAAGCCAAAAGCGAGAGGGGGGUUCGGCAAUUUUGAUAGCUGGUAA